AUCUCUUGUUUGUGCAUAUCGGACAUGUAAAAGGAUAUUUAAUAAAUAACGAUAUGUCCCAAGACAAUACCGGAAUGAUGUGCGCUUUCUGUGCAUCCAGAAGCUGGAUACCAAAAUUCUGAAUCCGACUGUCGUCUGCCAUUUGACUCCGCUCCCAACUGCCAACAGAGCAGACGACGCUCCAAAUAGUCUUCGAGGUGGCCAUGUUAACGGCAGACCAUACCGUAUGCAUCCUGUUCUACACACCCCGGGAGCCUCUGCUGGUCCCGGGAAAAGAUGGAGCUCACACUGCGGAACAUUUGUGCAUGCAAGCGGCGGAACUCUGUGGGAUUGGCCCCGUCACAGCUCAGCUGUUUGGCCUCUUCUCCGCGGAGACAGGCAUCUGGUUUGCGCCGUCUGCCAACGUGAAAGCCAAGGACAAGUUGUUGAACUUGUACUUUCGUCUUCGGUACAAGCCACCCACUCUGGAUAGGAUUAAGGCGGAGGAGGCAACCCUCAACUAUGUGUACCACCAGAUGCGACAGGACUUCGUCUGCGGUCGUGUACCCGAGCUGCACCACAACAGGGUGCAGCACCGGACGCUGGGUCUUGUGGUCACCGACGUGGUGCGACAUCUGAUCGAGGUUGGGCAGAGCCCGCAGCAGGGGAGCUUCAGUUUCAGCGACUUCAUGCCUGCUGUUCUGGUGGGACCGCUGAAGAUGAGAGUGCUCAAGCCCCGUCUGACCAACGCCCUCAACGAGUGCUGGCACAACAGUCGGCAGAACGUCAACCGUGUUAAGGAGAUCUACGUGAACGAGUUCCGCAGCAUUGUGCCCGAGUACGGGUGCGAGCAGUUUGUAGCCCAAGUGGACAGCGACGGCCGCGUUUGGGAGGUUGUGCUUCAGGUGAAUCCACACCACCCUCAGAUGCCAGGCCUCCGAAUGCACUCCAAAGCUUCCAAAGAGAGCAUCACUUGGACCCACAUCUGUUCGAUCAGCGACCUGUGCUUCGUGAACAUGAACCUGUCAAACUGCACGGUCGAGAUCAGCCGCCGCAAUGGAAUUCCGCAGAACAUCAGGUUUAGCAGCGUGAGCAGGAUGCAGUCCUUUCUGUCGCUUCUGGACGGCUACUACCGCCUCAUGGAGAAGUGGACGGUGAAUUUGUGCAUCAACCUGCCGACGCCGUCCUUGACUGCGCUCAGGGCGAUGAGGUGCCACGGACCGAUUGGGGCAAGGUUUGCCUACCAGAAGCUGCAGGAGAAGAGCGACCACGAGUCCGGCUGGUACCUGCUGCGGCAGAGCUCCUCCGCCUACCGGGAGUUCCGGCUCGACUUCCUCGGCCAGGACGAGACGCCAGAAACCCUGCGCAUUGUCCAGUCGGCAGAGGACGGCACCUUCCGGUUGGCCCAGGGGGAGGGCCAGGCAUUUCCCAGUCUCGCCAAGCUCGUCAACGACGGAGUCAAGCCCAUGCUCUCUCUCGAGCUCGGCUACUGCGUGCCUCCGUCGGAAUACGACAAGACGCAGCUGCUCCUGUGUCGUGCUCCCGGCACGGUCGCGGAGAACGUGGCUCCCGCACGCGAGCCCAGGGAAUGCAUCCACUCGAGGUCACUGGCUUUCUCCGAGAACCGCAAGGACGAACUGCACGGGAGGUUCACGGUGGUGCGCAGGGCUUUCCUUUGCAAGGCCAAAAACCAGCACCGAGAGGUUGCCGUGAAGUCUCUGAAGCCUCAUCUCGAAGACAGCCACCUCAAGGAAUUCAUGGCGCAGUGCGACCGCAUGCUCUUCUGGCAGUGUGAAGCAAUGGUGUCUUCGGUGGGGAUGGUGCAUUCGGGCAGUUUCGGCCUCGUGACCGAGUUCCUGCCUCUGGGUUCACUCGACCUUUACCUGCGGCAGCACAGGCUGCAACUCCAGGCCGUGGACCUCGUCGAGGCUGCCAAGGGGCUCGCUCGUGCCCUCUGGUACCUGGAGGAACAGGGUUGCGUGCACGGAAAAGUACGCUGCCACAACAUCCUUGUCUCGCAGCACGAGGCCAACGCCUUCUACGUCAAGCUUUCCGACCCCGGGCUGCUCAUUUACGGAGAGGGGGAUGUCCACUGGAUUCCACCGGAAUUCUACCACAGCUUCAGCCUUGCCAGGUCGUCGGUCAAGGCGGACAUUUGGGCCUUUGGCACCACGCUCUGGGAGAUCUUCACGUUCGGAGAGUCACCCAUGGCUGGGCUUACAAACUCUGAGGCCCUGAAAAAGUACAGGGAAGGGGAGCGCUUGCGGAUACCUGCGGAUCUUCACGAAGGGAUCCGCACCCUGCUGGCGGAAUGCUGGUUCGUGGAUCCCGAUAACCGUCCCCAGCCUCAAACAAUCAUGCGCGACAUCAACCAGAUUUUCUACGAAGUGUACAACUCGAGACGCAGCCAUUCCUAUGCGUCGGUCUACCCGCAAGCUCCCCUCGGCGUCGCCCGCAACGCCCGCCCACCCUCCGGCCCGACCUCUCCUUUCCCGUCUCCGACGGCAGCCGCCGCGGACUCGAACCGCAGGUCCGAAAAUGUCGGAGCCGCGUCUGCGGGGGCGUCUCCAAGCCCGGGGAGUGGCGACGCUCUCUCCCUGCGGCGGGGCUUCAAGUGGGCCAAGAACCCGUUCCGGCUGCACACGGCUGAAGUGAGCUACGACAACCUGUCGAGCUGUUCGACGUCGACGACACGUUCGGAGGCCACGCUGCAGACGGACAUCGGGACGUGCAUCGACGUGGAAAGUCUCAUCAGCCUCGAGGAGAGUCCGGAGAACGCCAUCUGCUUCGGCAACACUUCGCCGAUGACUGAGGUGUCAGCGUCCCCUUGGGUGAUUGACAGCCAGCAGCUCGUGAAGGGAAAACCAUUGGGCCAGGGCUUCUUCGGCGAGGUGUACGCGGCGUCGCUCAAGAAGUGGGCGGGGCUGCAGGAGGAGGUUGUGGCCGUCAAGUGCAUGCGCAAGAGCUCGCUGCUCGAGCUCUUCCAGUCGGAGUCGGGGCUGCGCGACCUGCAGCGCGAGAUCGAGAUCAUGAAGAACCUGCGUCACCCCAACAUCGUGGAGAUCAAGGGCCUCGUCGAAGAGCCGGAGAUGAUGCUGGUGAUGGAAUUCCUUGAAAUGGGCUCUUUGCUGACCUACCUCCAGACCUACCAGACCAAGGUGUCUCAUCCACAACUGGUCAAGUACAGUGAAGACAUUGCCAAUGGCAUGGAGUAUCUGGAAGAGAAGCACAUUGUGCACAGAGACCUGGCUGCCCGCAACAUCCUGGUGGCGUCCAAAGACCUGGUCAAGAUCAGUGACUUUGGCCUGGCCCAGUUCACGGUCGGCCACUACUACUACAUCCACACGCAAAACCGCAAGCUGCCUAUGAAGUGGUACGCACCGGAGAGCAUCUUGUACGGCAAGUUCUCCACCAAGUCGGACGUCUGGAGCUACGGAGUCACGCUGUGGGAGAUGUUCUCGUACGGCGAAGACCCCGUCAUCCAGGACGUGACUCAGGAGAACCUCGGAGCAGAACUGCUCGACGGGAAGAGGCUGCCCUGUCCGCCGGGGUGUCCGACGGACAUCUACCGGCUGAUGCAGCUGUGCUGGACCACGGACUCCCACCAGCGGCCCGGGUUCGCUCAGGUCAAGAGCUUUGUGCGCGACCUCUGAGAAGUCACGUGCAAUGUUUUUUUUUUUACGGAUUUGACGUAAUUUAUUUAGCGAGUCGAGAAACUGGGGAAUGAAUGCGCAUUAAGGCUGGUUUACACAACUGUGCGUUUGCUCACAAAUGAGAUCUUACAAUCUUUUACGAUGAGAGAGUACGCUGGCGCCGUCUGUGAGGUGGCCCCGGAACUGCAUUUGAUUAGAGCGAAGGUUUUGCAGAAUUCGCGAGAUCAAACAUAUUUACUGUCUUUGAAAAAUGGUCGUUGAUAACAUUGCCGAAAGUUUUUUGAGCCAAUAAAGAAAGGACGAUGCCCGAAAAAAUGAGAAAACAUAUGGUAAUCGCGAGCAUUCCACGGGUGCCCGACAGACGGCACCGGCGUAUUCUCUCAUCGCACGAAACCCGAAGAGGUUUUAAGACGCACAGUUGUAAACAGUUGCAAGUGUGUAACCCACCUUUUACCGCAAAGUACCGAGCAGGUGCCCACCCAAAUCGGGAUACCGUCUUGAAAAAGAAAAACAAAAAACUUGGGAACAGGUGCAUGUCGUACCGCAUUUCACAUUACGUCCGACGCAGUCAAUCUAGCAGUGCCAAACGCACUUUGUCGUAGCGCUCAUCUUUGUGCGCUCGCCAUCGCCGGCUGAACCAGUGGAAAAAAAGCGCAGAUCACGAGGCAUUGAUUGCGCGCGAUUGAUUUACCCGGGGAUGGCAGACGACGCAGUUUUGGUGCCGCUAUAUUGACUCCGUCAAACGGUGGCGUCGGCUACGGUCGGUGUCAAGUGAGACGGAGUGCAAGUCCGAGAGCAAACGUGCAGAAGGGGCACACGGUGGGGCCGGGCUUCACUGCUAGGCACCGGGGCGCUUACAGAAGCGGUUGACGAGGAGGAGCUCCCUGGUUAGCCCUUCGGAAGUUCGGGGUGGUUGCUCGAUGCAUCUUUUGUUUAGUUUUCAAACGUUUACAGAGUGGCAGGCGGGCACUUGUCCUGACUGAGGCACUUGCUUGGUAUUUUGCGGUAGUUACGUUUUCGGUUUUAAAUUCGGUUGUUGCUCGGUUAAUGUCGGAACCGAAAUCCCGUUUCGACGCGUGCCGUGCGACGAGUGUGGACAGGAUUGCUUGUUCUAACGCCGCUUUGAACAUACAACUGGUGUAUUACGGUUUAUUCGAAUUCCCCCUCGAGCAAACCCCUGCACAGUGUGCCUAAUCGCUCAAGAAGUCAUUCUAUGAUGAGACUUGUGAUACUAGCAACGAAGAAGGUGCCAGCUUUUUUUUGAUGAUUGUGAUGUAGCAAUGACUUUGUGGGGGCUAACUGGUUUUUGAGCAGGCUAGUUUAAGUGUCUGGAUCAGGGUGCCACUAUUUUUUGCAUCCUUUCGUCAGAUAUCACUGAGUGUCGGUGAAGCCAAUAUGGCUGUGUCCAACACAAGCCUUCAAAGAGAAUUUCCGGGAAUUCCGUUUAUGCCAGAGGAGACAAAUUGCUGUUUCAGUCCGAGAACCCUGUGCCAAGCAGGAUUCUGCUGUUUGCUUGGAUUUGACUGGAACUAGAUGUGAUUGCAAAUUUGUAUGUGGGCUUACAGAUUGUAACUACUGUAAAUAGCAUAACUCUUACUACUGAGUGAGAGUUUAGGUUUUCAUUCUUAUUGUAUUGUUUAAUGUAUAUAUAGGGUAUGUUUGUACAUGUGCUAGCAAUUUUUGUAAGCAAUUGUGAGCCAUUCAACUCUGUGAAGGCUGUUGGCCAGCGAGCUGUAGAGCACCACCAUGAACUUCACCAAAUGUUUAUUUACAGUAUAUAUACAUAACUUGGAAACGGUAGUGAUGAUUGCUUUGUGAUCACUAUGAUAUACACUAAUAGGUUUCAUUACAACUUUGGUGAGAUUCUUUGCUAAAGUUAAAUCCCUCUAUAUAAUGCUUUACAUAUAUAAAAGCUGCUGCUUCUAUAUACUAUGUAAAGCUAUGACAUCGCCCAAUUAGAGCGGCAGAAGGCCAAUUGUUCUCGGAUGUGUCUCCAUUAUCACACGUUUCAACCUCUUUCGUUAUCAAAAUGCAUAUAGAGGUGAUGGGGUGUAUAUGCAUUUCCAUGCAAUGGAGUGCCUGUACAUGUGAUUUUGUUUCUGCACACGGAUACCAAAAAUGCAUGGAACCCUAGCCAUAUACAGCUUAGCUGUAAUAAGUGUUUGCUUGUUGGAUAGUGCAUACUGCUUCCUUAAGUUGUUUACUGAUGUGAUUUAUAGGGAGGAAUUAGAUUACUAGACAAGGUGAGUGCUCAAUUAAUUUUGGGUGCUCAUAUCUUUGUUUAUUUUUAUUUUUUUAUUUGUAAGUGUAAAGGAAGAAAGUUGGGAUAUGAACAUAGCAUUAGGAGACCUGCACAAAGUCACACAGUUUAACUGGGUAGCGCAAAUGAGAUGACUUUAUUUAAAUGGUCGAUUGUGUUUGUUAUGCAUUGUGAAGGUUGUUUGUAAAUAUCCUUGUAACUAUAGCUUGAAACAUUUUUUUUGUGUUCUGUGUUAGAGUUUUUUUUUUAUGUAAGAAAAGUUUGUAAGCUUGCCUGAUCAGCCAUUAGUGUGUUUUAGUUUAUUUAUUUGAUCUUGCACCAUAUGGUGUACUUGUGGUACUGAUUUCAUGUGCACUCUUAUGUCGCUCUCAAUCGCUGUUCAUUCUGGUGGGCGUUACUCAUGUUACACGUCUAAAUAUUGUGCAAAAAAAAAAAAUAACAUCUUUGUUGUGUAUAGAGCUUUGUCCAACUUUCACUCAGCUUGUUUUUUCCUUAAGAACCAUAGUAAAAAAAUGUGGCUUCUUGCAGAGUAUUACUAUUUGCCUGUGUUAUAUGGUGAAUUAAGAUUACUUGCAUGUGCAUUUAGGAUCAAUCAUUUAAAGGUUUAUCAAAACAUGAUUGUUUCAAAUUCAAGAAGCAUCAUUUCUUUUUUUUUUUUUUUGUGACCUACCUUCAUGCAGCCCAUGUGAACUAUGUGCAAAAGUUAUGUAAUGACUAGAAGUGUACUAUAGUAUAUUUUUGUUCACAUUUACUUCUAUAGUGCAACGACAACAAAACAAUUGUUCCUUGGUUUGUUAGUAGCAAAUACUGUUUCCUGCCAGCAGACUUGCAAGAACUAGUCAAGUUUUUCUAUGAGUAAUGGUUGAAAAGACAGGACGUUCUAGGGUGUGCAAAAUGUUUUCCUACCAGAACGUAGUGUACUUCACUUGGUGUAUGGGCAGUCUUUUUUAUUCCUGUAUUGGAGACCAUUUGUGUCUGUAGGUGUUAUGUUGAGUACAUUGGUUCCUCAGUUCCUAUAUAGUUGCUUAAAUGUACAUGCUACCGGUUGUAAUAUGUGCACAUCUUUGCAGGGUCUUGUGGAGACAUUCUCUCACUUAAUUUCUCUGCCAGUCUUUGCUGAGGUACCUAUGUUUAAGCAGUUUCAGGACUAGGGUAACUUUUUUGUGUAAUUGGCACAAAAAAAAAGUACAAACAAGAAAGGGUGCUUUAAGGCAGAGUACCUAACUGAGAUUGACGGUGUAAUAUACGGUAUAUGCAUGGACAUACAAUGCCUGAUGGAACCUACUGGUGAACUUCUCUAAUUUGGGCAGUGUCAGUUUUUUUAAGGUUUAAUGUGUUUAGCUUCUGUCAAAAGUACUGUACAGGUGGCAGUAUUCCUCAGUGGGCCACAAGCUUAGGGGCACUUGAUAACUGCUAAAAAAUUGUUCAAUACUAAUUUCAUGGUUUUCAAAGCAGUGGAAUUAGGUUAAAGUCUGUAUUGACUGUAAAUUUAAUGUUAAAAAUUUUCUCGCCCGCUAAUUUGUGAAUGAAUUUGAUUCACGAAGGUGUGAAAAAUGUCGGUUCUGCGUCACAUGUUCGCAGAAUCUCUUUAUGCUUUUUUAGGGGAGUCCUCUCGGUGAUCUCCACAUUACAGUUUUAUAGUUUGGAGAGCAAACUACAGGAGUCCUGAAUGCAGUGCAAGCGUAGUAAGUGCAGGAUGUGCCUCAAUACCAUGCUAUAUACAAGUUUAUAAUUGAGUUACACUUUUGAUUUGUUGUCCCUGUGCAGUGUGCACUGUGCCAAAUAAUCUGGAAGAUUUCUUUUAUGCAGUUCAGUAAAGAAUGUUACACUAGUUGAGCAUUCUGUCAUAACUGUUAAAGAAAAGGGAUUGCUGAGAUUUCCAACUUGUACCUGUUCAUUGUUUGGUUGCCCCUUUACUUGUUAUUGCGUUUGAAUUGUUUUUUCUUGUAUAUUGCUUGAGUUUAAAGUGUGCACAAUACAAAUGUUUACAAAAAGGAGCAGAUUGUUUGAAAACAUGUACUCUGUUAUUGGUGAACUAUUUUUGCAGUCUUUAACUGUUCCAUAGACGAAUAAUGUGGUAUCUGGGAAAAUGACCUCCAGAACUGUGGUAGGGUUCAGCCUUUUAUUCCCAGAAUUAAGGUUUUUUUGUUUGUUUUUUCUUCUUUCGGAUUUGUGGCAGCGAAAGCAGUCUUCAAAUCCGAACGUGAAAAGCGCUGCAACGAAAAAUAGCAGAUAAUUAGUCAUUGCAGUCUUCUAGGAAGUAUAUGCAAAUCUACUUGAGCAACAUUCUUUUUUUUUUUUUUUUUUUUGUAUAGAGACAGCACUAUCAUGAAAUGUGAAUAACAUGUGGCUAGGAAACUUUGGGGUUAUAUUUUCCGGAUAUUUUAUGGUCAAUGCGCUGUGCUUCUUACUGUGGUGGCACAUUUGCCAAAAUGUGCCACCACACCAUUAUAACAUAAACCUAUUAGU